GUUGAAGUUGGAUCCAAGAUGGCGGCGCCGCCGGAGGAGGAGAGUUUGGAGUCGAGACUGAAUAAAGCCACAAAUCCUUUAAAUCGAGAACUGGAAUGGAACUACAUUCAAGAAUUUUGUGACCAGCUGAACAAGGAAUUGGAAGGACCACAGCUUGCCACAAGAUUUCUGGCACAUAAGAUCCAAUCUCCCCAGGAAUGGGAAGCUAUUCAGGCCUUGACAGUCCUGGAGACAUGUAUGAAAAACUGUGGGAAGCGGUUUCAUAAUGAAGUAGGAAAAUUCAGGUUUUUAAAUGAAUUAAUCAAAGUGGUGUCGCCCAAGUAUCUUGGAACGCGAGCUUCUGAGAAAGUAAAAGCUAAAGUUUUGGAACUAAUGUUCAGCUGGACAGUGGGUCUACCAGAUGAGCUGAAGAUCACAGAGGCCUAUCACAUGCUUAAAAAACAAGGAAUUAUAAAACAGGAUCCUGUGUUACCUGAUGAUGAACCCCUUCCGCCGCCACCUCCACGCUCAAAUGCCAUGUUUGAAGAUGAGGAAAAGUCUAAGCUACUGGCCAGACUUCUGAAGAGCAGCCAUCCAGAGGACCUCCGAGCUGCAAAUAAAUUAAUCAAGGAGAUGGUUCAAGAGGACCAGAAAAGAAUGGAGAAGAUUUCUAAAAGAGUGAAUGCAAUUGAAGAGGUGAACAACAAUGUUAAACUUCUGAGUGAAAUGCUGGAGAAUUACAGCAAGAAUGAAACAUCUGAGAGUAAUGAAGAAAUAAUGAAGGAAUUGUACCAACGAUGCGAAAAGAUGAGGCCCACACUAUUCAGAUUGGCCAGUGACACUGAGGACAAUGAUGAGGCACUGGCUGAAAUCCUUCAAGCAAAUGAUAACUUAACUCAGGUCAUUAACUUGUAUAAGAAGGUAGUGAAAGGAGAAGAAGUUAAUGGGGUGAUCGAUCUGCCAAACAUUAAAGCCAGCAGUUCAGCUCUACUAGACCUGACGGGGUUGGACACUGGCUCAAAUACUCCUUCCUAUCCUGCUGUCCCUGCCAGUAAGACCUGGAAUCCUGAUCUGGCACAGGAACUAAGCAGCUCUGUAUCAUUACUAGACGAUGAAUUAAUGUCAUUAGGGCUGAAUGAUCUAGUUCCUAAUGCCGUACCUUCAUCACAGUCUCUUGAAUCAAGUAACUGGAAUACAUUUCAGUCCUCUGAGUCUGAAGAGCUGAGUGGCCCCGUAACCUCAGCAGAAUCCGGCGUAUUGUCCUCUGAGUUGUUGAAGCCAGCAGCUUCGACAGCUGGCCAGCAAAAUCCUGCCCCUGCCUGCGUGCCUGCAUCCUCUGGGAGCAGAGCCUUGGAUGACUUGGAUAUGUUGGGGAAAACCCUCCUUCAGCAGUCGUUGCCUCCAGGAUCUCAACAGGUCAAAUGGUCAGCUCCUCAGCAAAGACAAACUCUUCGAGAUCUCCAAAAUAAAUCGAACACUAGCACUGCAGUUGCCUUGGGCACGUCGCCACUUUAUCCUGCUUCAAGCAAGAGCGUCUCGCCAGUUUUAAGCACAGCUCUUUCCGCAGGCCUUGCCCUUCAAUCUGAUCAGCCUGCAGCAUUUACAGGCAGCUCUAACUUACCCACAGCUUCAGCUGCACCAUGUAUAGAGCAGCCUGGGAUGCAGCACGAUGCACAAGGAGGCCUCAAAACCUCACCUAUGCCUCAGCAGGAAAUUUCCCUCACUAAUGUUUUAGUACCUCUAGAAUCAAUUAAACCAAGUAGCAUCUUGCCAGUUACUGUAUAUGAUAAGAAUAGUUUUCGAGUUCUGUUUCAUUUUGCGAAGGACCCUCCACCAGGACAGCCAGAUGUUUUGGUUGUUGUCACUUCCAUGAUCAGUACGGCACCACAACCAGUGAAAAAUAUAAGAUUCCAAGCUGCUGUUCCUAAGGUCAUGAAGGUCAAGCUGCAGCCUCCCUCUGGCACCGAGCUACCAGCAUUUAAUCCAAUACUUCAGCCUUCUGCAAUUACACAGGUCUUGCUACUAGCAAACCCACAGAAGGAGAAAGUCCGGUUACGAUACAAGCUCACAUUUACAUUGGGCGAGCAAACCUUCAAUGAGAUGGGAGACGUAGACCAAUUCCCACCUCCAGAGUCGUGGGGAAAGCUCUAACUGGGUCAUAAACAAGGACACUAUACAAUACUACUGCUCUGUUGUUGGGUAACCACCACCAGUUUUGCUGAUAAGGUGAACAACGGGCAAUGAUAACUAAAACUGAAUCCUGAUUUCAGUUGAUUUCUGAUUUCUAAGGCAGAUCUGAUAGUACACCACACUAAUCUGGAACGAGACCUCUGUCCUGCUAUUGGGCAGGAUGCUGUUAUUCCCUCCUGUUAACUGGCAAUGUCAAAAUAGUCCCUUCUCUUUGUAUGGUGGUGUUACACCUGAUGUCAGUGUAUGAUAAAAUUGUUCAAAAAUUUGUUGUUCUGCCUGGCUUCAAAGUCUCCUUUUUCUGAAGUACAUGUUUUACUCUUAUUCCCAAAUUGAAUCAGUGUAGGUUUCCCAGUUGAUGAGGCUAGUAUGGACCUAAUACAUGAGGACCAGAAUAUUUGAUUCCUGCUCCGAGCUAAAUCAGCCACUAUCAGUUAGAGCAACACCGCUGCAUUGACUCUGUGCUAGCAAGACUGAAAUCAGACAGCAAUUCCAAUUCAAAGUUUUAACAAGUGGGCCGUCCUCCGAAGUGCCUCUCUGGGUCAUUGGGGCUUGACUGCAAUAUUCUUGGUUGUCAAAUACUCCUCUGGCUCAUUUAUGAAGAUUGACCAUUUGGACUCUGAAAUGGUGUAGGGAGUGUAGGUUGUGGGAUAACAAACCAUCCAGCAAAAAUCAGCCCUUUUUAUUAAAGGCAAAUAUUUUUAGAAAUUUAAUUUUAAGAUUGAGAGAUUUUUUUUGUCUUCCUCAAAUACAGUAUCAUAAUUGUGACUUGGCACAGUGGUUGGAUUGUUUGAUUUGCACAGUUUGGAGUGCGUCAGCAUGCCACACUCCGAGCUUACAACCUAAGAAGUUCAGAUAUGGUAGCAGAGAAUCUCUUACCAAUGUUCCCCUGGAGAGUGUAUCAUUAUAGAUUCAACCAGCAAUCUAUUGUGAAUUUUGAUCUCGCCCCCUGGACAAGUUCAGCAAGUUCAUUGUGGCACUGCAGAUUCUCCUUUUGUACUGAAUGAGGACAGGGGAUAUUUGAUGGGGUUUUCCAUCAUCCCAUGUUCAAAUGACCCAGCCCCUCAAUUGUAAACAGGUAAUUCACUUCCUGUCCGGCCACUAAGCACGCACAGUUGGUUCUCUGUGCCUUCUGGAUGACCCAAACAGGCAUUGAUAUUAAGUGCAGGAGGAAUAUUCAGGCAAAACUGAUGGUACUGACUGCAAAAUGCGCACACAUUGGGAGAAGCUAUUGCCCACAGCCCACCCCUGCUGCCUUUUUGAAACUAUAUAGCUGCAUUUAUCUUUCAAGGCAUACAGUGCAAAUAUUCUGCGAGCAUGUUUCUUAGGCCUUCACUACAUCCGGCGUAAAAGCAGUGCAGAUGAUGAUGUAAUCCAGGGGAGGACAACUACUUUAGACUGCUGGUCUCUGGUUGAGUGUUGCAGUUUUUGAGUCCUUUCAGUUUACAAUUAUUGGAAAUAUUCGUGCGGCCCCUUUAAACAAUGAAAUAGAAUUGAUUGUGUAGGGACUAUAAAACUGAAAGCCCUGUUUUGGCUUAUCAGAAGAUGUACCGUAUAGUUGCCACGUUUGUGUCCCUGCACAAAUAUUUAAAUUCCGUUCAAGGAUAAGCCAUUAAUCUGAGCAUUUUAGAAGCAAUGUUGUGUAAUUUGUCGUUUCUGUAUAGAACAUAAAAUGCAAAAAUAGAAGCUUUCUAUUUCCUCCCAAAAUUCUAUUGGAGCUGGAGCUGGUAGUGGAAAGGGGAGUGUAACCUGGUGACAGAUGGGGCAGGAGGAGGCAGAAACUGUAAAACAUUAGUAGCUUCUGCUCAGUAAGUGAUUCUAUAUCAUGCUGAAAAACCUUUUAAAAAUUUGGUAGUCGUGACAUUAAUUGCAGUCAAUUGCUGAAUGACCUAGUAGAAUGUUCUAAUGACAAUAAAUAUUGUUCACCAGUAAGGUUUUGAAACAAUCCAGUAGAAGAUUUAUGAUGGUAAGGGCUUUUAUUUCUAAUUCUAAUCUGUGUCUUUCCAUGAAGAUGGAGGCUGGUGAAUUCCGUACUGUAGUGUUUUCGUUUAUCCAGUGACACUCAAGAAGCUUUUUGGGGGAUAUAUUUAUUUAAUGUGAUAGGUUGUAAAUUUUACAAUUGUACAGAUUUACAUUAACUUUUAAUUACAACUCAUUUAAUUGUUUGAUUCAAAUUUGUCAGUGCUUUGUCUUUUAAUAAUGUUUUUAAACCCUCCACCAACAUGACCUAAGGCUCAUUAUCUUGUUUUUUUUUUUUGGCUCCUUAUCGCUUAUAAGGACCUUGUGCACAAAUUGAAUGCCUCACUUGCCUGCAUUAAUGUUGAAAGAUAUUCCAUUAGUUGAAAAGAACUUUACAACAGUCUGAAAUUAUGAAGUUUUUUUGCAUAAAUGCAAGUUCUUUUCAAUUGAAUUAUUUUUUAGCUGUAAUGUUACCAAAUGUGAAUUUGAAUGAUCAGGAGUUAAGAUGAUGAUCCAAUAAAGUUACAAGAUUAUUAACUUCACCCUCCCCAGUAUAAUUUCAGCAUUGCUGUCACAAAACUAGUUUAUAUUUUUGUUUUUCCAUAAGAUAUCAUUGAGUGAAAUUAUAUCAAUCUGUCUGUGGACUAUGCUGUUUCUCAAUGCCUUCUACAACCUGUCACAUUGGACUACAUCCAAUCUGUUUAAGAUUCUUGAGAGAACUGCAGAACUUUAUCUCCAAAUUAAUUGAAUAAAUGUUCAGAAGGACAUUGAGUAAUGAUUUUAAAGUCCAGUGCAGCCUUCAGAGCUUAUCAUCCUGUGGUCCAACAAUCCUGAGAUUAUCUCUUCAGCGGGGAGAGGGAGCUUUUUGGCCUUGCUUCUUAAACAAAGCUGGGAUAGAAGGGCAAAGCAAAAUACUACGGAUGCAUAAAACCUGAAAAUGUUGGAUGCACGCAACAGUUCAGACAGCAUCAAAAAGGAGAAACUUCCACAUACCAGAGCCAUGUGCACACCUGAAAAGUGAGAGGUUGAUGAGCAAAUUAAUAAGAUCAGAAAAAGAGGGGGCGAUAUGUAGUGUGUAUUUCUUUAAAAAGAGCACCGAACAAGCUUUGGCUGAAAUCCAAAGGAAUGAACAAAAAAUUAAGAACUUUUAAGAUAAAGGUUUCUAAAUGGCUAAAGAAGUAGCUGACCCAAAGAGUGGGGGAGUUGGAAAUCUUAAUCUGGUCUCGUCUGAAAUUAAAACUGUUGAUAAACAGGAUAUGGCUUAGGUCUGCAAGGUUCGGACCCAAAGGGGGUUGCAAGGUAUUUUGGAGAAAGAUUACAUUGUUCUUGCAGGUAAAGUUCCAGUUUCAUUCCCAUACGAUGACAAGCAGUUUUACUUCGCGCAAAACUGUGUAGUACAGGUAGUUAGUUUCCCCAGGAAUUAAUAUAUGUAGGUGUUUCUGACAAUGAGCCAAUUUCAUGCUGUGAUAAAAAAAGAUGUUUUGUGAUUAUAUCUUCAGUAGCUGAACUGCUAAAUUGCAUUGAUUAGGAGUGGGGUUCACAUAGCACGUGGUACAAGUUUGCCGUUUUAAUGUAUGAUUCAUGGAACUUUCAAAGAGCUAAAAUAGAAAUCAGUAGGAAGGAGAGAGUGUAAGGUGAAAGUGCUCCUCUGUAACAUAAGGGGCAGGAGCGUAUUUGGUUUUAUCUCCCCAGUUGUAUUUUUAUCGAACUAUUUCAUUUGUGUAAUUGUAGCCAUUCUUAAAAUUACUCUGCACUUACUCUGUUUAUAAUGUGGGACAGAUUUAUUGACAACCAGAAGCUACACAGCCACAAGAGUCACAUGUAUAAUUGUAACACUAAUACUCAGAUGCUCUCAACUGUCAGGGUAUGGUUAGUACAUACAACAUUAAGCUGCGUUGGUGGUCCUUGCAAAUAGACUACGAGUCAGUCAACAGGCUGCACCCUAAAUAGAACUUGAUUUUCCAAACAUUGCCAGUGGCAUGGCUUACAUUGGAUUCUGCUUGCCCUUUCAGUCAUGCAAGAUGGGGAUCCCUCCUUCUGUCAACUUCUCGUCAGUGGUAACUCUGCAAUUUAUUUUAUAAGGGAAGUUACUUUGAGUCAGAAAGGCUUGUAUUUACAUAGCCCCUCAGGAUGACCUCUGUGCUCAUAGUCAGAUUUUUAUUUUGAAAGGCAGACACAAGAUACACAGCAAGAUCCCACCAUCUGUGAACAACUGAUAAUUGUUCAGAAGCGUUUGAGAAUUAAUCUGCAGCAGUGUUUGAUUGCCCCCUUUUUCUCCCGCUAAGAGCGUGAGCUUCAGAGGUCCCACUGAUUUUCAGAUCUCUGACUGAAAUGGAGAAACAGCUGUAAGCUCCAACAGGAGCUGCAUAGAGUUAAUUAUAAGCCAUUGUAACUUCCCAUUUCUGAAAGGACAAUCUUCUUUGGUGCCUGCCUACCUGUGGGGAGGGAGAGGUUGGACCGUUUGUUCUCAGUACAUAGUGUACCAUUGAUAGUAGUGAGUUUCACCAAGGUACUGGCUUCUGGCAAGUUUGUUUUAUUGAGGCCUAGAAAUUGGUCAUAUCUGAAUUGCAUGCACCAGGUGAGCUUGGUAAUAGGGCCAAGGGAAAUUGACUUGUCCUCAUUAUCUUGCUAUUGGUGAGUUACUGCAGCUGUGGAGGAGCUUGACGACAGCAGGUGAGACCUGGAUGGGUAUGGUGGUACAGUGAUUUUAUGUGGAGCUCCCCAAUAGAUCAUGAAAGUGAGUUAAUUCUUGCCUCUCCAAUGGAGCCCUGUUACACAUCUAAAGAAACUGGCCAUGAAAUGACUAAUUUGGCACCUUACUUGUGUAUGCAAAGAGACUAAUGUCUGUUUGGGUCAUGCACCCUGGCUUGUUCCAGAGCAAACCAUCCAAAGUGGCGUGCAUGCAAAUUUCUAACAUGAGGUGAGCAUAGGCAUUUUGAUUGCCAUCUUGGAUCCUUAGGUAUUCAUUUGAUACAAUCUAAUUUCUAGGCCAUUAACAAGUUAUCAGCCUUCACAGUAUAAAGUGGCUGCAGCAGCGUUGCUGAUAAAAUGUCUUCUGGACUAUGUUCACUUUUCUUCUGUUGCUAUUGUUAAUUUGAUUCAAGGACCCUCUUUACAGCACAGUCUUCGUUUUUGUCUAUUUGAAAUGUUUGUACCUUCAGUGGUUCGAUGUAACUGGCCCAAGUCAGCUUGGGUGUGCUGAAAUAAUGUAUGAGGAAAUAUUAAUGAAACAGACAUGAUGGCUGGAAAAUAUGUCACUGUUCAGUGACUUUACAGACCCCACCAGAAAGUAAAAAUUUUAAAAAUGAAAAUCUUCAAUCUCAUUACCCAUUACCAAGAUGAAUAUGGCCUGUCAACAGAAAUUGGCUUUGGCUGACUAUUAUUUUGUCCCAUGCACAGUGAUACUACUUAGGUGUGUCACCUUUUUGCUAAUGCAGCUUUCACUGAAUCUCCAGUACCUUUUAGGGCUUGUACGAGCUGAAAUAAUUUCUUAAAAGGUAGUUUGACCACUUCAAACAGCAGCUGACAAGACCCACCAAGCAUAGAGCCAUGUAAGGCCUUUUGAGAGAGUCGAUAACAAGUGUCAGCAGUGAGUGUAUCACCUGUGUGGUACAUUGCCAAGUGAAAUCUUAAUUCCUUCAGGGAAAUGCGAUCCAUCUGUUCAAAUUGGAAUCCUUGCCCAGGUUGUGUUUGAUCUGCCUCAGAAAGUGGAAAUGUGUUUAGUCUGAGCACAGAGGUGUUGUUUCCUUUAUUCUAACACAGCUUAUCUAUUUGUUCCAAUAAAUACCCUUUGUCUCCCCUGCUUGGGAUCUGUAGAACUGACUUGUGUAUAUAUUUAUAUGGUCUUUUGGAAUUAUGUACAUUUAGAGCAAAAAUUUAUUUAUGGGAAUUAAAGUUUUUGUUUUCCUGGGA